AUGCCAUCGGUUUUACAAUUAAACAUUUUUUUCCAUCAUGUGCUGUUCCGUAACUCCUGGAUCGCGGCUCGCAGUCUCGUGCUUCACUGGGCUGCGCUGGACGGCAGCGCGCAGACGGCGCUGCAGAUGGCGCUCGAAGCGAAGGCGGGAAGCGGCGCGGAGAGCGGGUGGAUCUCCGCCGGGUGGUCCGCGGACGGGCGCAUGUACCCCGCGGACUGCGUGAUUGGAAACCUGCCCGGCGGAAGCAUGGGCGCGUAUUACAUGAGCGGGUACGGCGAUUCUGACGUGGCGCCGACCAGCAGCUUCGCCCUCGGUUCUGCCGAGAUGCUGACGUCUAACGGCGGGACUGUCAUGAAGUUCUCCCGCGCGAGCGGCGACGGCGGCGCCAUACCCGUGGACGUGGCGGGGGUGAACACGGUCAUCUGGGCCUACUCGCAGUCCGGCUCCACCGCGCUCGGCUUCCACGGCCGCAACGAGAAGGGGGUGAGUGGGGAGACGGAGAGGAGUGGGCGCAGUGGGGAAACGGAGAGGGGGAGCGUGAGGGGGGGAGGGGAGACGGAGGGGAGGGAGGCGAAGAAUGGGAAGGAGGGGAGGGAGGGGAAGGAGGCGAAGGAGCAGGAGAGGGAGGUGGGUCUGGUGCAGCAUCAGCUUGCCAGGCUUCGUCCCUUUCCGGAUACGAGCACUCUUGGAUCGGUCCAGGUGGAUUUCACUUGCUCCACUGCUGCCACCCGCAACAACACCUCUGCAUCAACUCAGGGCGAUGACAGCCAAUCACUGGGUGCCACGUCAGCAGCAGAAUCCAGCGGCGGCAGCAGCAGCAGUAGCAGUGCGUGCAAGGCGUCAUCCCUGGCCGGAUAUUACUGCAUGGUGCAGCUCAGUGGCGACAAUUUCAUUCUUCACUGGACGACCAACAGCACCAGCACCAUCGCAUUAGCAGCAGAGGCAGCAACGAGCGGGUGGGUCUCGCUUGGCUGGUCUGCCACUGGUCGCAUGUCCCCCGCUGAAGCCGCCAUUGGCAACCUCCCCGCUGGCACUCUCUCUACCGGGAAUGCUGCUGCAACAGCCGUGGGGGCGUAUUCAAUGACCGGUUAUGGCGCCAGCGACGUCGCGGUUACGGGGUCGUUUGCGGUUACCAACACGGCUGUGGAGACGGGCAACGGGCGGACGGUGAUCAAGUUUGAGCGGUCGAUGAACGACGGGGAGUUCCCUAUGAGCAGCAGUGCUGUCAUCUGGGCUUACUCGCGGGAUAACUCGCAGCAACUGGCCGACCACGGGCCCAAUGCCAUUCCCAUGCCGCAUUCCCAUGCCGCAUUCCCAUGCCGCAUUCCCAUGCCGCAUUCCUAUGGCUCCCUUUCCUCUUACCUUGUUCUCCUCCCAUGGUGCCCUCCCCUCCUCUCCCAUGGCGCCCUUCCCUCCUCUCUCUCCCAUCCUGGCCCCCUCCCUUCUCAUCCCCGUUAUCAGAGGCUCUGCUACAGUCAACUUUGCAACGGGAGCAUCAGAGUGGCUCUGCUACAAUCAACUUUGCAACAGGAGCAUCAGAGGUGGGGGAGGGGAGCAGCAGCAGCGCUACACUCUACACCGUGCAUGCAUGGCUGCUCACAGUCGCCUUUGGCAUGCUCAUGCCCGCUGCCAUCCUUCUUUUCAAUAGCCACCCCUCUUCUCUCCUCCCCUCCUUCUUUCCCGCCCUCCCUCUCUCUCUUCCUCGCUCCCUUCUUUUCUCCCUUCUUCUCUCCCUCCCCCUUCUCCUUGAGCAGUGGCUCUGCUACAAUCAACUUUGCAACAGAAGCGUCAGAGGUGGGGGAGGGGAGCAGCAGCAGCGCUACACUCUACACCGUGCAUGCAUGGCUGCUCACAGUCGCCUUUGGCAUGCUCAUGCCCGCUGCCAUCCUUGUAUCGAGGCUCUUCCUAGCGGAUAAGCCCAUGCCCGUGCACUCUACUGCCACUGGCGCUGCAAGUAACCCCGGUGCAAGUAACGGCAGCGCAGCAGCAGCAGGCACAGCAGCGGCAGGGGGGUUGGGGGAGCCGAUGCUUGUCGAGAAGCACGGUGGGGCAGCAGGAGCAGCAGAGGGGGGAGGCAGUCCCCUUAAAGGCAGUCUCCCCAGCGGCGUGAUGGCAGAAGAUGCACCGGCUCUUGUUGCUCUCUCCGUCGGCGGACCAUCUGCAGCAGCAGCAGGAGGAGGAGGAGGAGCAGGGUCGGGCACAGCAGGAGGUGCAGCAGCAGCAACAGGGGGAGCAGUUUCCAAGAAGCCAUGGGUGAGCAAGCCCAUGGCAUUCGAGGUGCACAAGUGGCUUAUGCUGUCUGCCGUGCUGCUCGCCCUCGCUGGAAUCAUCAUGGCGUUCGUGGAAAGGGGGUCGCAAUCAUUGCAGUCAACGCAUGGACAGCUUGGAUUGGCCGUCAUGGUGCUGAUUGUUGUGCAGCCAAUCGUGGGGCAGUUGAGGCCGCUCAAGAAACAUCCCAGCCGUCCAUCCUGGUUUGCGCUGCAUUGGGUGAUUGGGGUCGGAACAGUGGCGAUCGCGUGGGUUAACACGUACCUGGGGUUCGAUCUUGCCACCUCCAAGUUCGGUUACGACCUCGAUUCGGAGAAUCUUCUGAGCAAGCUCGGCGGGAUGCUUUCUUUCGGAGGGAAGCCGAAGAAGACUCACCAGAGCCAAAACCAGGCGCUGGACCAUCUGUCAGACGACUUGAUGGCGCUCACCAGCAGAGUGAAGCAGGCCAACAAGCGCGCUCUCCCACUGGCCCUCAUUUCCUGUCCUCCUCCCGGCCCUCUCCCCUUCUCCCUCACUACCCGCCACCCCCCAGCCAAAGCCAGGCGCUGGACCAUCUGUCAGACGACUUGA